UUUUUUAUUGAGGAUACACAUGCCACAAAUAUUUAUGAUACACAAUCAUUUUCCAAGCACCAUUCAUGUCUGUUAGUUUUGAAAUUUUUCUGCACCAUUCAUACUAUGAAAAUCAUAUUUUUAGGCUGGGUUGUAUUCUGUCCCGACUAUAAUCUUUAUCUCCAGAUUGAUGAUCCAGAUGCUAUUUGGAGAGAAAAUAUUUUGUCAAAGUGGUUUUGGAGAAGUUUGUUAUCGUUUCAAAAACACAAAGGUGUGAGAUUUGUGGAAUCAAGUGUGUUCAAAUUUUUAUCGCGAUUGGCUAGUAAUCUGAGAUCCUCCGCUGAGUUUGUGAUAACCUAUCAAGAUGAUUUUUUACACAGAUUUAUGCUCAAUAUUGGAAGUGUUGGAAACCAUAACAAUGAAUCAGCCCUUGCUUGAAUACAAGUGCAACACACGUACCCAGAGACUAGUAAAAUCAUACAUAUCAAUGUAAGAGAAAAUUUGGCUCUGUGCUGAUGCUCCAAAAACAGAGCUCCAUUGAAACUGUAUGUCUAUUAGAUAGAAAAAGAAAGUGUAAUUCCAUUGAACGUUACACGAAAAUUUGAAGUCCGUAUGUCAAGCAGUUACAAACAAUCAACAAAACUGACAAAUAUUGUUUGA